AUGGCUGCAUGGCUUGUCGCCCUCGUCACGCUGCCACGCGGGGUGCAGGGUGAAGGCGCGAGGCAGAUGCCACGCGAUUUCCCCUUUUCCAUGUCUCAGGAAAACUUUUGGAUGCUCGUGCCCGGCGCGGACCGGCGUGGUAUUGACGCUCGCUACGGUGUGAAUGUUGCUGCAGUGGAGGACGCGAACGACACGUGCAAGAAUGGGGGCACGAUGAACGCGGGUGACUGCGAGUGCCCCGAGCCUAACAUGUUUGAUGGUUUGCGUUGUGAGAUGUGCCAAAGCGGGGCGGCGUGUGCCGCCUACGUCGGCGAGCCCCACAUGUGUCACCGCGGCCUUGCCGUUCGUGGGUCAAACAAACAGUUUGAGUGCUCCCUUGACUCGCCGUUUUUGGCUGUGCUCGGCGGUGGCCGCAAGGUGGAGGCGGUUGUCACGCUGAACUUCAGCACGGAGGACGCCACUGCCUUCGCCGCUGGCAGUGACGGCGUGUGCGACAUCACGCUCUUCCGAGUUGAGCCCAACCACGAGCUGGUUGAUGCCUUUUUUCGCUGCACCACCUCCCAGUGCUCCAUGCGGCUGGUGGCGGAAGGGAAAAGCGAGGCGGAGAGCAACUCCGCCUCUUUGCGCCGUACCUUUAAGGUGCUGACAUUGGUGGGGCAGGUGGUGCUCGUCACUCUGUGCACACUGGUUGCCUUGCUGCGGUGCGUGUCGUCGAAGCUUGGCUACCGCCGUACGGCAAAGAUUGUGGUUGGCCUGGGGGCCGCGUUGACACUCGCCACCGUGCUCUUUAUUACUGUGCUGCUUGUCUGCAUGCGCUCCAAGGAACCCGACAUCUUUGCCGUGUACGAGUGCAAAAGCACCGACUGCCACUGCGCCGAGGACCCACCGUCCAAAUACACACCCAUCUGCUCAAGGUCGCUCAUCCACGAUAAGAUUCUGCCGCUCAUCAAGAACAGCGUCCACUAUUCGUGCAACCUGCGGACGCGCCACUGUCAAUUGACACUCGCCGACAUCGCUCUUGUCUUUGACCUUCAGUGCAAUGCCAGCGAGUGCGUCAACACGAAGCAGUUCCCGACCGAGCCGACGAUGGCUCAGCCCGAAAUUUUGCAGGCGCAGCGCAGUCUUCUCAUUCUGCUCAUCCUCGCGGUCAUGGUCGUGGUCGUCACGAUUGCAGCGCACGCGGUACGGCUCGCCGCCGUAUCGAGGCAGAAGGCUGCAGAGUUUGUGCGCAUAUUUGGCCUCUCUGAGCCGAUGUCGGAAACUGUGCGUCCCAUGGAUGACGAUGUAAUCAAUGGCAACAGCAACGGCACGGCUGUCAACACCCUGCGGCACCAAGCACGUUCCCUGAAGGGCGAAGCUGUGGAAGAGGUUGAUGACGCCUUUGGCUGCGAUGAGGUCCUUGGACUGGCCUUCCAUGGGCGUUCCGGCGUGUCCCACGCGACGAGUGGUGCAAGACGCUGUUUUGUCGCUAAGCCGGGCGAGGUGGACCGCAUUGAGUUCUUCCGGUAUCUCACGAAGUCACCCUUUGAACUUCAGCUAAAGGACUUGGCCUACACCCUGCCGGGAUCCCGCUUGGCCGCAGAGGAGGAGGCACAAGCGCGUCCGAUUCUGCAUCGAGUAAACUUUACCGUUCACUCCGGCGAGGUGCUGGCCAUUCUUGGCCCUUCUGGAGCCGGCAAAACAACUUUGCUGGACCUCUUGUCCGUGCGACGAAAGCAGGGUGUGACGACGGGAACCAUUUCUUUCAACGGCACCCCCAUCACCACAGCCGGGGCUAAAUUUAUCAAGCAGUACCGCAACAUCAUUGGGUACGUUUCACAGGAGGACACGCUGCUCCCAGCACUGACCGUACGCCAGACGAUUGAGUACGCGGCGCGACUGAAACUCCCGCAAGCCUUUUCCAAUACGACCAUUAAAAGUAUUGUGCGGCAUAUGAUAGAGGCACUGAAGCUGCAGCAGUGUGAACACACCGUCAUCGGCGAUGGCAGCGGGCUCCGUGGGGUAAGUGGGGGGGAGAAGCGCCGCGUCUCCAUCGCAGUGGAAUUGCUCGCGAACCCUCGUAUUCUUUUCCUAGAUGAACCUACAAGUGGCCUGGAUGCGGUCAGUGCCAAGCGGGUCGUCGAGUCGGUGGUGGAGUUGGCGAAGGAGUCACCGAUGCGGGCGUAUGCGCCACACUACUUUGCCUUCAAGCCCCUUGUCAUCUUCAGCAUUCACCAGCCAUCGCAGGAAAUAUUUGAAUUGUUUGACAAACUCCUCUUGCUCUCUCGCGGCGUGAGCGUGUACUGCGGACCAGCCCGCACCGCGGCAGCGACGCUUGAGAAGCGUCUAAAGCAUAUUAUGGGCGAUGAGCGGCCGAUUCCCAGUCUCGAGGAACACCCGAACCACGCGGAGUACCUCAUGAAGUUGGAUGAAAUUCUUGGUGAUACCACCCGCAUGGAGGUUCAGGCGGCGGGCGCAGGUGUCGCGCCGGAGUUGAUGCUCCACGAGGGCACAGAAUUUUUUCAGCAAUCCCGCGAGUACCCUGGCGAAAAUGGCGCUAGUGAAAGUGAACCGCUUGUUGUGGGUGAGGAUAUUCUCCGCACUACAUCUGCCUUUCGUGUCUACUACUCGAACGUGUACCAGCAGCUCACACUCUUAACGUCACGGGCUGCGUGUUGUCUCAUUUCAUCCUUCCACUUGCUUGUGUGUCACGCUGCAGUGACGGCGUGUGUCGGGGUUCUUAUGAUGGUACUAUAUCACGAACAAGCGCUUGACCUGCCUGGGGCUUUGAACCGUGCGGGAUCCAUUACGUUUAUGCUGCUGGUGGUUUCCUUCGUUUCCCUCAGCUGCUUGGAGCAGCUCGUCGCUGAGCGCAAGCUUUUCGUGCUAGAACGAGAGAACGGCUUCUACCAAACCCUGCCCUACCUUCUCUCGAAGAUACUUAUUGAUAUCAUCCCGCUUCGCGUCGUUCCUGCGAUGGUGCUCGCCUCACUCAUUUAUUUCCCUAUGGGACUCCGCGUGGAUAACGGGGUGCACUUUUUCUGGUUUGUUGUUAUAGUCGUGCUUUUUUCCAUCUGCAUCACACUUGUCGUACUGUGUAUCGGCAUCGUCACCGGGUCUUUUGGGUCGGCGGCACUGCUGAGUAGCGUUGUCAUUCUCUGGAACUUUGUCUUUGGUGGUUUCCUCGUACAGUCCGAGACUGUGCCGGUUGCGCUGCGACCCUUUCAGACGGUCUCGCCCUUCUUUCUUGCUUUCGAGGCGCUGCUUGUGAACGAGCUCGACGGGCAGGCGUGCACCUUCUCCCCAACCGACGAGACGGGGAAGCAGGUGGCGACGAGCAUCCCGAUCAUGUGUGUGCAGUACCUGUCGAACAUUGGCCUGAAGCCCACACGCUUCAACGGCGACGUCGGGCUGCUUGCAGGGUUUAUUUUUGUCCUACUGGUCAUCGCCUGGCUGUUGCUUGCGAGGUUCACCACCAUUGUGCGGUGA